CGUUGAACACACGGUCACGCGUGACACAGGGUGCGGGUCCCGCUCGGGGCUCGCUGCGAUCGCCUCUCCCGGACCGACCCACACACGGGAUCCUGCGUCGCCUCUCCCAAUCGCUACGCGGAUAACUUGAGAGGAGAGACCUUAUAUAUGCGACCAAGUUCCUCCCGGCAAAGCUCAAAGAUCUCAUCCUUGUUUGGCGACGAUGGGGAAGUCCGGCUACGGCCCCGACGGCAUCUACCGCUCGCUCCGCCCGCGCAUCGCCUUCCCCGCCGACCCCGCCCUCUCCAUGGUCCCCUUCCUAUUCCGCAGCGCCGCCGCCCACCCCGACCGCCUCGCCCUCGUCGACGCCGAUACCGGCGAUGCCCUCUCCUUCGCCGACCUCCGCUCGUCGGUCCUCUCCGCCGCCGCCAGCUUAUCCUCCCUCUUCGGCCUCCGCAAGGGCGACGUCGUCCUCAUCUUCGCCCCCAACUCCGUCCACUUCCCCGUCGCCUUCCUCGCCGCGCUCUCCCUCGGCGCCAUCGCCACCACCGUCAACCCCCUCUACACCGUGCCCGAGCUCACCAGGCAGGCCCGCGACGCCCGAGCCAAGGUCGUGGUCACCGUCCCCCAGCUUUGGUCGAAGGCCGCUGCCUUGCGCCUACCGUCCAUCAUCAUCGGCCCCAAAGACUCCCCCUUGUCCCCUCCUCCCGCGUCCCCCGUCGCCUACUUCUCCGACCUCGUCGCCAACCCCGUUCCCGCCGGGUUCUCUCCGCCGCCGGUGUACCAGUCGGACGUCGCCGCGUUGCUGUACUCCUCGGGGACCACCGGAGCCAGCAAGGGCGUCGUCCUGACGCACCGGAACUUCAUCUGCACCGCCCACAUGGCGACGGUGGACCAAGACUCGAGGGGCGAUGGGCCCAACACCGCCAUCUGCUUCCUGCCCAUGUUCCACAUAUUCGGCUUGUCAGUGAUCACCUACUCCCAGCUGUGGCGGGGCAACAGCGUCGUCUCGGUGUCGAGGUUCGACAUGGAUUCGAUCUUGAAGGCGGUCGAGGGGCACCGAGUGACGCAAUUCUUCGGCGUGCCGCCGGUGAUGAUCGCGCUCGCUAAGCACGGGAAGGUGACCAAGUACGACCUCAGCUCGCUGAGGUUCGUGUGUUCCGGCGCAGCACCAAUAAGCAAGGAUGUGAUGGAGGACGUCGCCAAGCACCUUCCUCACGCUGAUAUCGUCCAGGGGUAUGGUAUGACAGAGACCUGUGGAAUUCUAUCGCUGGACCUUCCUACCAUCGGAGAGGUUCGUGAGUACGGUUCCGCAGGAAUACUGGCGUCAGAAGUUGAAGCUAAAGUUGUCAACGUAGACACAAUGGAAGCUCUUCCACCAAAUCAAUUGGGCGAGUUAUGCUUCCGCGGUCCCAACAUAAUGCCAGAGUAUCUUAACAAUCCAGAAGCCACAAAAUUGACUUUGAGGGAAGGCUGGUUACAUACUGGUGAUCUUGGUUACUUCGAUGAAAAGGGGCAGCUCUUCAUCGUUGAUCGAAUAAAAGAGCUCAUCAAGUACAAAGGAUUUCAGGUUGCACCAGCUGAACUAGAAGGAUUGCUUCUGUCUCAUCCCGAGAUAUUAGAUGCUGUUGUAAUUCCGUUUCCUGAUGCUGAAGCCGGCGAGGUUCCAAUCGCUUAUGUGGUCCGAUCUCCCACUAGUUCAUUGACCGGAGAAGAUGUCCAAAACUUCAUCGAAAAACAGGUUGCACCGUAUAAGAGGCUGAGGAGAGUGACGUUCGUUAGCUCUGUGCCAAAGUCCGUCUCGGGAAAGAUCCUACGAAGAGAGAUGAUCGAGAAAGUAAGAUCAAAGUUGUAGAAGGUGGGGUGGUGGUAAACCAUUGCUCGUGUUGUUGUAUCUCCUACUUGUUUGUGACCAAAUGCUGUUUCCACAUGAAUUCUACAUGGAGCCGAAUUAUGUUCGAGUUCUUAUCA